GCUCGGAGCCUCCAGGGCGGUCCCAGCCCGCCUUGGUGGACGGGAAGAGUGGUGUUGAUUAUUUGGGUUAGGCAGCUCCACGACUAUUAUGCUGCCUGCUGUCUCCUCCCCUUCCUGAGCCUCAGCCCGCCACCGCUGUGAGUGCUGUGGAAUGACAGGUAUUCCCGCUCACCCAGGGCUGGCACGGACCUGGAGCCGGGGGAGGCCCUAGCUCCUGGGCUCCGGCAGCAGGAAGAGCACACGCCGCGCAGCUCGAGCGGCUCCCAUGCCGCUUCCUGCCUCCCGGCCCUGACCCGGGACCGGGGCUGCCCUCUCCCUGCUCCGGUUCCCCCUCGGAGGCUGCACACUCCACCAUGGGACAGGCUGCAGUGGCCAGCGUCUCCGGACCGGUCAGUCCAGCUGAAGUCGGGGAGGAGGCUGACCGACCCCGGCCGGAGCUGGGCAUGGGUGUGGACGGCAGGGAGUCGGGGGACACUACGCCGCCCACCAAGAGGAAGAGCAAGUUCUCCGGCUUCGGCAAGAUCUUCAAGCCAUGGAAAUGGCGGAAAAAACGGAGUGACAAGUUCAAGGAGACUUCGGAAGUUUUAGAGAGGAAGAUCUCCAUGCGGAAGCCGAGAGAAGAGCUGGUCAAGAGGGGGGUGCUUUUAGAAGACUCCGAGCCGAGCGGCGAGGAUUCGGUCAAGCUCAGCUCCACCACAGUAAAGAAUGGCCACAUGGUCCCCUUGGGCACCCUGGGACAGCUGGAAGAUGAUGCUGCUGCGGCAGUGACCCUCAGGAAGCCCAGCCCAGCCCCGGAGCCACGGAAAAGGCCAGGCCUCUUUCCAGGCUCGUCUGGGAGUCGGCCCAGUUCUGAAGUGGAGCCCGGACCAGAGCACGCCCCCAAGCAGCCUCUGCUCCUGCCCAAAAGGCCUUUGUCCUCCUCUCACGAGACAAGCAACGACCCGGGGAAGGACGACCCCUCCGCGGGCAGCGCCCCGAGACCCAUUGCCACCGCCUCCUCUGCCUCCUCGUCCACCUCCUCUGUCUCCUCAUCCUCUGCCUCCACCUCCUGCCCAGCACCUGCUGUCACCUCUGCUGCCUCAAGCCUCGCCGCCCCGACCCCGGCCCCCCGGACUCUGCCUGCCGCCCUUCCCUGCGCCCCUUCUAACACCACCCUGAGCCUGCCACCCACGGCCCCCUCCAAGCAGCCCCCUGUGCCUCCCCCGAAGCCGGCCAACAGGAACAGCAACCCCAGCAUCGCGGAGCGAUUAUCAGCGGUUCCCGGUGGCUCCCUGCUCAGCAAGCCGUCUCCACCCUUGCCACCCAAGAGAGGCGUCCCGGCCACCGCAGCCCCGACCCCAGCUCUGCCCUCAGCUGCCCCGGCACCCACCUCCCAGAGAGGCCCGAGCGACCAGAGAGAAAGAGAGCGUGGCAGCAGGCCCGUCUCAGUCCCGGGGCCGAAAAUCCCUCCUCCGUCCCCUUCCCCACCAUUGCCUUCCCACACACCUCCCGAGCCCCCGCGCACCUCACUCCCCUACCCCCAGACUCUGCAAGAGGUGCCGUCGGUGGAGCUGACCCCCUCCCCUGAGUGUCCUUCGGAGGACCAGGCUCCGGAGGUCCCCAAGUGGAAGUCGGAUCUGGGCUUCGGGGAGCAGCAGCCCGCCCCGCACCGCCUGGCCCACCUCCCCCUGCACAUCCGGAUCCAACAGGCCCUGAGCAGCCCCCUGCCGGCCACCCCGCCCCUGGAAGGCUCCCACCGGGCCCACUCCCUGCUCUUCGAGAGCAGCGACAGCCUUAGAGAGGACAGCUCCUCCCUGGGGCGGGCUGUGUCCUUGCCCAUCACCAUUGAGCUGCUCAAAGUUCCAGACGAUGAAGAGGAGGAAGAGGAGGAGGAGCCUGAGGAAGGACGGCGAACUCAUCCGUCAUCGGUGUAUAUUGGAGAAGAGCCGUCUGUCACCAUCAUCCCCAAACUCCUACCACAGAGUCUGCAAGAGGAGGAGGAGGAUGCCGGGGAGGAGGAGCAGAGAGAGAGUGACUCGGAUUCAGAGGGGCCUGUCCUGUACAGGGAUGAAGAAGAUGAAGAUGAAAGCCAAAACAGUGCACUGGCCAACAAAGUGAAGAGGAAAGACACUCUGGCCCUGAAGCUAAGCAGGCCCAGUGACCCGGCCCCAGAACUGAGCUCCUGGCCCCGAAAGAGCAAGGAGGAAUGGAAUGAAAUCCGGCACCAGAUUGGCAACACACUGAUCCGGCGGCUGAGUCAGAGACCGACAGCAGAAGAGUUGGAGCAGAGGAACAUACUUAAGCCCAACGAAGCCGACCGCCAGGCAGAGAAACGUGAGAUUAAACGACGGCUCACCAGAAAGCUUAGCCAGAGGCCCACCGUGGCUGAACUCCUGGCCAGGAAGAUCUUGAGGUUUAACGAAUACGUGGAAGUCACCGAUGCUCAGGACUAUGACCGGAGAGCUGAGAAGCCAUGGACAAAACUGACCCCGGCCGACAAGGCUGCCAUCCGGAAGGAACUGAAUGAGUUUAAGAGCUCAGAGAUGGAGGUCCACGAAGAAAGCAAGCAUUUCACACGCUACCACCGGCCAUAAUGCCAGCCUGUCAGCGAGGGUGGGCCCGGAAGGCCCCAGGAUCUGCGCGGCUUCUUCCAUCUCCAGAGCAACCGAUCCCCAGAGGGAACCGCGAGCCCCACCCGGACACCAGGAACGGGGCAGACGGACGGCCCCUCUCUGAAUGUAGCAUUUCACUGGAACCAAGGGCUCGAUGGCCCCCAACAGAACACUAUACCUCACACCUGACACCUCACAACUCGUCAUGUUCUCCCGUGGCCUUCAUCAACCAGCGAGAGAUCGGGGGUGGGCCCCGCUGCUCCGGCCAGGCCUCCUCCCGGCAGCCUGGCUUCCUCUUGUCAACAGCCUUCAUGGGAGGGCCAACAGCGUACCGCAGCCCUGUUGGGGGUGACCAGGAGCCUCUAUAGCUUCUCAGAGCACAGGACCUGCCUUGGCUCAACCUUGGGCUGACGAGAUGGGCUGUGGGUUCCCGACGCAGCAGGAAAUCGGCACCGCAUCCGUUCUCUCAACCUUUGGGUUCUCAUACCCUGAAUCACUACUGACCAGAGGACUGAUCAUCCCUUAGGGGUUGGGCUGUCCAGCCAGUCGGGAAGGCAUGGCUGAUGCCACAGUGGCCGGCCGGGGGUGGUCGUCGUGGCACCAUUUGUGGACGGGUCCCCAAAGGACAGUACCGGAGAACUUCAGUCCUCACUUCUCUCUGGUGCUGUUAGUCUCUCUUGCAUUCCCCCAACUGGCCCCUCCCAUCCCCCUUUCCUGCAAGUCCCCAGCUCCAGCCCCAUCGUCUGCUGGUGGCUGGGGGGUGGGGGAAAGUGCCCAGGCUGAGUCCUCACCGCCUCUGACGGAGCAGCAGUUUGAACGUGCCGGGCUCCAUCUCUGAUCACUAAGAAAACCAAAAGUCCACUCUCGUCCCUCCCCACCUCAAAUUCCCACCCAUGCCGUGAGAUCACCAAGAAUUUGGUACUGUUUCUCUGAUGAACGUGGGAUACAUCCCUUUUUGCAUUACGGGAAAUUGCGGCAAAUCUGUGCAAGUUUCCGAACUCUUCCCUCCCUCCCCCAUGCUCACCCUUGGGGUUUCGCCCCCGGUUCUGCCCGGUAGGAUGGGUUGUGUCUCUUCCCACCCCUCGCCAGGUCAUGAGGAUGGAAAGCCGGAGGAUAAAAGACUAAAGCGACCCCAAGAGGAAUCAACGUCUUCGAAGGGGAAGGGAGAUCUCCAUUCCCUUUGAAUGCUUUGAGCUGGAGGGUCUUGACUGACUGGAGUGGGGUGGGUGGUGGUUGGUGAGACCACUGAAGAACACACUGAACAUUCGCUCGCUCUCCUGGAGCCCGGGCUGCCUGGGCUGGGACCACAGACUUGGCUUCCACCAGAAACCUUCUCUCGCCCACUGGCCAACUGUCCCCGGGUGUAGGCCCCUGGAUUGGCCUGUCCUCCGGGCCCGAGCCUCCUUCCAGCAUCUCCCGGGCCCUGAGAUGGCUUCUUCUCCCCUCUUUGCACUGCCUCAACGUGCCAAGUUUCCUCCAGGAUGCCCUGAACUUGCCCAGGUGCCACCAUCAAGCCAGCAAGGAAGCCAAUCUCUCAUCUCAGUCAGGUUCUUGGGCUACAAGAGACUUGAGGAGGGGGCAGGGGGUCCAGUCUUUUACAGGCGUUUUUUAAUGAAAUGGUUCUUGUCUACCCCCUUUCCUGUAGUUAGCCAUUCACAAACACAAUGGAAAGAAGCGGUGUUCUUCCUAUAAAGUCGAGUAUAUUGUAUUUCCAGGUGCUUCCCUGAUGUACAAAAUAUCUUUGUAGAGGAAAUAAUUGCAUUGUAUAUCAGUCUUCCUAUCGACAAAUUUUAAUUAUUAAAGUAUUUUAGAGUUUUCUAA